UAACGCUAAAAGCUUAUGAAGGAUGGGCCUGUAGGAACAGAAAAUGCCUUUCAAUUUCAAAAUGUUGCUUUUUAGCUCAUGACCGGGAAUGUUCCCCACCCCUCCACAAAAGCCCCAACCAACAAUGCUUGAUACCAUAAACAGAUUCAAUAGUCACUGCCAGUGUUAGUUUUGUCUCUGAGUGGUUGGGAACGGUGAAGACAAAAUCAUACGUGCUUUUUUCUGAUUUAUUUCCCCACUUGAAUUAACAAUACGGACCAGAGCCCACUAAACGUUUUCUACUUUUCAAAAAAAAAAAAAUACGAUGAAGCCCCGAAAGUGUUUUCGACGUCUAUCUUUUGAGGCCACAUGGCAUGCUGCAGCUCGGCAGCUGCGCAACUCUACCAUGUCACGGUUUCAUAUUAGUCAACCUUCCAACCAGAGGCAGCCAUAUUCCAAAAACUACGGUCUUUUGAUUACAGGCCUUAAGUCAUAACUACUAGACCAGUGUGCAUUCCUUGUUUUCUCCAUUUACCGUUAUUGUCUGUUAAAUUCUUCCAUUCCAUAAUCGUACCCGAUUAAACAACAGCUCAUUUAAUUUUUCUCUUACCAUUUCAAUUGAUACGAUGUUGUAAAACCUAAGGGCCGCAACUGCUGAAUUGUUCCAACCCAAAAUCUUUUACUUCCCUUUUUUCCUCAGCAUUGCCAUUGCGUAUUCCGUUGAUGCCAAACACACGACUCACUGCUUCAUGAAUCAAUACUUGAGAACACAUUGGGUAGCUUGCAAAAUGUAUACUAGAGACAGAGCUGUCCACAAAUUAAUCCAGACCUUCAUUUUCCUCACGAUUCUCUUCGAUGCCACCGGAGAGACGGCUGGAGACAGCUCUGGAAAUUCAUCACCAAGCGAACCAUUCCCAGGUUCUGAGAGCGGUACACACAGGAGCCCUAUUCUUUCGGAAAGAAUGGACAGCGGCGAGAGGAUAAAGCUCUGGCCCAAUGCCACAGUGUACUACAAAGUUAAGCCAAACCUACACACGCCUACCGACCUCAGGCUCAUCCAAACGGCCCUGGAUCAUAUAAGCAGCUAUACGUGCCUGAAAUUCAUCAAAAGCAGGUUCGAAAUAUUGCAUGAUCGCCUUAUCUUCACCAAUGGCGAUGUCUGUUUUUCAAAACUUGGCUAUCAGGGAGGCCGCCAGAAGAUCAUUCUUGAAAAAGCCUGCCGUUCUUAUGGGCCGGGACAUAUUAUUCACGAAGUGCUCCACGCAGUCGGUCUCCCCCACGAACACCAGAGGCUUGAUCAGGCUGAUCACAUGAGAAUCAACUACGAUAAAAUCGAGCCCUUCUUACACAAUCAGUAUAAACCUUACGGGUCUGGAGUGAACACAUACGGGGUAGACUAUGACUGUAAUAGUAUUAUGCAUUAUGGAGGAGAUGCUAUAACCUCACUUGACCCAAGUUGUCAGAAAAAGAUCGGCCAACGAUGGGGAAUGUCUUUCAAGGACAUCAAACUUGUCAACCUGAUGUACCAGUGCCCACAUACCGGUGGCUGUGAGCCGAAGGAUUGCGGACAGGAUGGGAUUCAGUUACCUAGGGCAAAUGGAAAGCCCAGCUGCGAAUGUUGGUGUGAUUCGGGAAAUGUGAAGGUCCCGUUGGUGUUGUGCUCUAACAGGACCCCAGCAAUUCGAGCAGAGGUUACCGCCCCACCUAGCACACCAGAGCAGGAAUGUUCUGACGGAUGGAGAUACUGUGAAAGGUUAAAAGAAGAAGGGAAUUGCUUCUCAAAUCCGAAACUGAUGAAUUCUAUGUGCCGCAGAACAUGCGGUUGGUGCCCUAAGAACUCUUACAAAGACUCAAAGGAAGGUUGCUUCAACACAGAAGACUCGACAAAUCCACCUACUGUUCUGACAUCAAAGCAGAUGGCGGGAAGAAAUGAUGAUGAUGAUGAUCCUUGGGAAUUUUCAAGAAACCGCGCGUCGUCUGUGAUCGUGACGUCAGGGCCUCUAGCAGUGUUGUGCUUGUUGGUGACUUUCUUGUUAGUGUUAUUAUAGAGUCUGACAGACUAUGGAAUCUGUAUUUUUUGUGUCUUUCACUAAGCCAAGGGCAGGAAACUGUAUUCUUUCCUCCAAAGCUGUUGAAUUGUGUUAUAUUUGCAUUGUGUCGGAUAUAAACUACUUCUAUUUUUCUUUUCUAGAACAAUAUAUAUUUUAAGACAUGAAAAAAUGAAAGGAUGGUGGAAUUGGAUUGAGGAUACGGUUGGGGGUACGGAGUCGGGAAAGGGGGAAGGGACAGCAAUUUUAUAUUAUUUUCUACAAAAGGGGCAUUCAUGUUCAUGUUACUUACUAUAAAGAGACAGAGACAAA